GAUUGAAGUAAGAAAAAAACAAGGGUCCCAAAAAACAAAUCAAAUAGGUCAUCGGAGACACGACACAACACGACAACAAUGAGUUUCUCGGUGGUCUUGUUCCACAAUCCCUACUCUGCAACACAAACCUUACCCUUCACUACCAUCUUCACAAUCUCAUCAUCAUCUUUUAGACCAAGAAGAAGACUAUCUUCUUCAACAAAUCGCAUCUUCCCUAUCAACCAACCAAAACCCAUAACCAAAACGCUCCAAACCCAAACCCUAGCCGCCAGAGACACAAUCAUAGACUUCGGCAAGCACAAGGGCAAAAUGCUCGGCUCUUUGCCUUCCUCUUACCUCAAAUGGGUCUCCAAGAAUCUACGCGCAGGAGACACUGAGUACUGGGCAAAGCUUGCAGACGAAGUGCUCGAGGACGAUGUUUAUAAAGACAGAAUUGAGUGGGAGUUUGCAGAGAAAGUCCUCCAUGGAAGUGAUGAGAGCAUCAAAGAGAAGCAAAACAGAGGAGAUGUAAGCUCUGUUUCCAUGUUGUUGGAGAUUAGCGAGAGGUUUGGUUGGGACAAUGAGGAUAAGAUUGGUUGGAGCAAAGUCAACUUCGAGCUUUUGGGGACAAGCAGAGGUGGUCGAAUUCCUAGGUUAGGAGAGAGUAGAGGAGAUAUGGUAAGAAGAAGAAGAAGAGAGGUCAAGAAGAAGGAGGGAGAGGAGGAAGAUGGUAGUGGGUGGAGGAGAAGAGAGAGGCGUGAGAGGAUGAGGCAGAGUCUUGGGAGAGAGAAGGAGAAUGUUGAUGGCAAAACUGUGAAUAGGAGUGAUCAGAAGGGUGUUUUGGGAAGGUUAGAAGAAGUAGAGAAGCAAAUUGAGCCAAAGAUUCAUAGUCCAUUCCCAGGACGUGAGUCUCUGUUGAAGAAAGUUAUGAACAAGAGAAGGUCUCAAUGACAUGACAUAGAGUCUGUUGUUUCCUUUGAUUAAGUUUGCAUUUCACAUUGUUCACUAGAAGCAGAGUAAAAGCAGUUCCUUUGUGUAUUCAUCUCAAGUGUAUUGAAGAAUGUUAUGAACAAGAGGAGGUCUCAAUGACACAUAAGAGUAUGUUGUUCCUUUUGAUUGAGUUUACAUUAAGCAAAGUAAAGGCAGUUC